AUGCCCUUCUCCUCCCGAAAUGGCUCUUUGUUCGACCAAAACAGUGAGCAGUUCGACUUCAAUAUAGGAUUUGAACAGGUUUUCUUCUCCAUUACUCCGUCUGUUCUGUUCAUAGUAGGGGCAUCAUGGAGGACCGCAUCCCUGACAAACAAGCCCGCCAUCGUCAACCCUACUGCAUUUCGAUUUGUGAAAGUGGGUACCAUUAUAACCUAUGCAAUUCUUCAAACUGCGCUCGUGAUUUUGGCCGCCGCGGGUCACGUCUACGCCACGGCCAUGUUCAUUGCAGCUUCGGUCCUCAAAUUACUUGGCGCCGUUGUCAUUCUCCUUCUGAGCGUCUUUGAACAUUCUCGAACGACUCGUCCAUCUAUGCUGCUGACUAGUUAUUUGCUCCUGACGCUUCUCCUCGACGCAGCACAAUCGAGAACACUCUACCUGUCAUCCACCGUGUCUACAGAGCGCGCCUACAGCAACCUCUUUACUGCCGCUGUAGCCGUCAAGGUUGUCGUGCUGCUCCUGGAAUCUCAGCAAAAGACCAGAUGGGUAGACUGGGAUAGAAAGGAGCAUAGCCCAGAGGAAACAAGUGGCAUCUUCUCUCUUGGUGUCUUCUUCUGGCUUAACCGCUUGUUCUUGGCUGGCUACAAAAAUGUCUUCUCCACCAACGAUCUCUAUCCAUUAGACGGUGCAAUGGACCCAACAAUACUCCACGAGAAAUUUUAUCGACACCUGGACAUGUCCAAAAUGAAGGGUGACAAGUUUGGCCUUACCAAAGUCCUAAUACGCACCCUUAUCGGACCUCUUCUUCUCCCAAUUCUUCCCCGCUUCGCCCUCCUCGGCUUCUCCUUUGCUCAGCCGCUUUUUAUUGAAGGUCUUCUCGACUACCUCUCUCGGGGCAGGCUUAACCCCAAUUAUGGAUACGGUUUCAUUGGCGCAGCCUUUUUCAUCUACGGCGGAAUUGUGGUCAGCUGGGCCUUUCACCGCUACUAUCAUCAUCGUAUGCGCACUAUGCUGAGAUCAAUUCUGGUUACUGAGACGUUCAUCACGGCCACAAAAGCUCGCAUUGGAACCAACAACGACAGCGCUGCGCUAACCCUAAUGAGCACUGAUAUUGAGCGAAUCAGAAUGGGCUUCCGACAGCUGCAUGAUAUCUGGGCAAGUCUGAUACAGGUGGCGCUUUGCGCGUGGAUGUUCGAUAGGCAGCUAGGCGUUGUAUUCGUCGCUCCUAUCGGGGUAGUUAUUCUCUGUUUCGCUGGCCUUGUUAUCCUCAUGAACUUUAUUGGAGCUGCACAGAGGAGAUGGAUGUCUUUAGUCCAGAGGCGCGUUGGUCUGACAGCUACUGUUAUUUCCAGCAUGAAGAACCUCAAAAUAUCCGGCCUUUCUUCAUCGGUUGCCAUUUUUUUGCAGAAGCUUCGCGUCGAGGAACUUACGGCGGGAGUCCAUUACCGUAAGAUUUACAUCGGGGCGGCCCUACUUGGGUUCCUUCCGCUGCUCAUCAGCCCGGCUUUGGCGUUUGCCUUUACCACGACUAAGCUGAACUCGACAAAUGUAUUCACCAGUCUUUCUUUCUUGACCCUCAUGACGCAGCCCCUAUCUCAAAUUUUCCAGAAUAUUCCUGAAGUCAUCUCUGCCCUAGCUUGCAUUGGCCGAAUCCAGGCUUUUAUGGAGCGUGAGGCUCGUGAAGACUUCCGUCAAGUCGCAGCUUUCUCUGAGAAGACUUCCGAAAAGGGUUCAUUGGGCAGCAAAUUGUUAUAUGAUCCUGAAGUGGAUAUUGAAAAUGGAAGUUUCGGCUGGGAACAAGAUAAAUUCAUCCUGCAAGACAUUAACGCUAAAAUACCAAAAGCGUCACUUACCCUUGUUGUCGGACCCGUUGGCUCGGGCAAGUCUACGCUCUGCAAGGCGAUACUGGGAGAGAUUCCUUUCCAUCAAGGCAAAGUCACACUGCGCACAAGAGCUUCAUACGUCGGAUUCUGCGAUCAGUCUGCGUUUGUGUUGAAUGGAAGCAUUAAGGAAAAUAUCAUAGGCUUCUCUCCGGUGAAUGAGGACAGGUAUUCUGAAGUCAUUGAGGCAACGGCGCUCGCCUUUGAUUUUGACAACCUGCCACAAGGCGAUGGGACAAACGUGGGCUCCGACGGAAUUUCCCUAUCUGGAGGCCAGAAGCAGCGCAUUUCCCUGGCACGUGCCCUGUACUUGCAGACUCAUUUCCUUGUUCUCGACGAUGUAUUUAGUGGCCUGGAUGCGGAUACCGAAGAUCAAGUCUUCCGCAAGGUUUUUGGACCAGAAGGACUGCUGAGGAGGCGCCAUAUCACCGUCUUGCUCUGCACGCACAGCGUUCGACACCUACAGGCGGCAGACCACAUCAUUGCCCUUGAAGGCGGUAGGAUUAGCGAGCAAGGCUCAUUUGACACACUUAUGUUUGGUGAUGGCUACGUCCGCCGUCUUGAGGUGAAGGGCUCAUCCGAAAGCGACACAGUGUCAGACGAAUCAAACAUCGAAGAAAACGCAAAUGAAUCUUCGUCACCGGCGAAUAGGAUAAAAACUGCAAAGCUUACCCUUGCCCCCAAUGUUGAUCCGUCGCGGCAAGUUGGAGAUGGCACUGUCUACAAGGAGUACAUGAAGAGCAUGGGGUGGCUGCUCGCAGGGUCUGCCAUUUUCUUUUCCUGCCUCUGGGGCUUCUUCUUGAACUUUUCCACUAUCUGUAAGUACUUCACAUAUCGUACUGCAGGGCUCACGUACUGGGUUGAUGACUUACAAUUGCAACACCCAGCGCACUCAUCCGCGUACUGGGCCGGGAUCUACGCGCUGUUUCAGAUCUGUGCCCUGCUUUCACUUCUCCUACUUGGUGCCUCCAUUUGGAUCGUCUCCAUCAAACGCGCUGGUGCAAACUUGCACGAUGACAUUUUGAAGACACUUUUCCGGGCACCACUAAGCUUCUUCACCGAGACCGACAUUGGCGUUACAACAAAUUUGUUUUCUCAGGAUUUGAAUCUCAUUGAUACAGAGCUGCCAGAUGCCACAGUCAGCACGCUUUUUUCGAUAACCCAAGUGAUCGGACAAAUGGCUGUUAUGGUCACUUCCGCUCCCUACUUGGCCAUCACUUUCCCAUUUCUCGCCAUUCUGUUAUACGCGCUGCAAAAGUUUUACCUACGCACGUCAAGGCAACUCAGAUUGCUCGACUUGGAAGCCAAGAGCCCGCUAUACACCCACUUCCUUGACGUUGUUAGGGGCAUCACAACUUUAAGGGCAUUUGGUAAGGACAACUACCACAAUUCUGACGCGUUCGUUCGAUGCGCUAUUGUUUCUAACACAAAACACAUAGGCUUUGUACGCGAAGAUAUUCAAAAGAAUGCGAGUCUUCUCACCACCAGCCAGCGACCAUCGUACCUUCUGCUCAUGAUCCAAGAAUGGCUGAAUGUCGUUCUCGACAUAAUAGUCAUGCUGUUGGCAGUAGGGCUGACAGCAUUUGCCGUGCGCAUGCAUUCCAACACAGCUUUCACCGGUGCUGCUUUGUACAGCCUUUUGAGUUUUGGAGAGAACCUCGCUGGCAUUGUUCUGUUUUGGACCAAGCUUGAAACUUCACUUGGCGCAAUUGCCCGACUGAAGACUUUUAACGACACGGUCAAGCCUGAGGAUAGGGAUGGAGAGGAUGUUCAUGCUCCUGAAGAUUGGCCUCAGCGCGGCGUGGUUGAACUGAAAGGUAUUUUUGCAAAAUAUGAACGCGGCGUUGACUUUCUGAUUAGCACAAAAGACAAUGAUGACGCGGCUGAAAGCUUUGCUCUCCGCAAUAUCCAGCUCACCAUCGACACUGGCGAAAAGAUUGCUAUCUGUGGUCGCACCGGCAGCGGCAAGUCUAGUCUUGUCGCUCUGCUUCUGAAGCUUCUCGAUCCAACAACCGCCACAGCGGAGAAUAUCGUAAUUGACGAUCUACCACUCCACCGGCUGAACCGAUCUGAAUUGCGCCAGCGCAUAAUUGCGGUGCCCCAAGAAGCCGUUUUCUUGCCCGAUGGGUCUACAGUCCAGAACAACCUUGAUGUUGCUGAUGAGGCCACACCCGAGGAAUGCAGGGCGGUACUUGAAAGCGUCGGCUUGUGGGACUAUGUCGAGAAGCGAGGUGGGUUGACUGAGGGAAUGAACGCCUCGAGCUUCAGCGCCGGACAACGGCAGCUGCUCUCGUUUGGUCGCGCCCUACUCAGACGGUCUGUUCGCGAGCGCAAAUUUGGGGCCGGUAGGCAGCUGGGUGGCAUUCUCAUUCUGGACGAAGUCAGCUCAAGCGUUGAUCGAGAGACGGAACGCGUCAUGCAGGAGGCUAUUAGGACUGAGUUCAAGAAUUACACGGUGAUUUCGGUCAGCCAUCGACUAGAUAUGAUUAUGGACUUUGAUAGAGUGGUGGUCAUGGAUACCGGCGAGAUUGUGGAAGUUGGCAAACCAAGUUUGUUGGCGCAAGAGGUUGGAAGCAGGUUUGGUGAUCUGGUUAGAGCAGGAAACAAGUAG